CCCUCGUCAGUAGUGCGCAGGCUGCCGAUGUGUAGGGUCAGUUAGCGUCCCCGGUGCCGCUGCCAAGCCCUGAGAUCUCCGCGAAGUGAAGCUCGCGAGUUGGCGCUGCACGGAGGUGGAAAUGGUAGAGGGCAAGUGUCUCUGAGCGCGUGAGAGAAAGGAGACACUGAAGGAGGAGGAGAGGAGAGGUGCGUAUGUGUCUACUACUACUACUACCUACUACUACCUGCUGCUUGAUGCUCGCUGCUCAGGUGUGGUGCCUCUGAGGUGCUCCCCGCUUGUGUUGUGUUGCCCCACGAUUGCAUAGCGUUAGUAGUGUGCCGGAUUAACGAACAAACUUGUGCGUGGUUGUCGCUUGAGGGAAGUCUGUGCAGCGUCCCGUCCCUGCCUGUCUGAGUGGCGACGGUGGAGGUUGUGAAUUCAAGAUGGCGAACCAGCGGUAUCUGAUUCUGCUCAGCUUAUUAGCAGUGCAAGUGAGCCUGGCCAAGGAACCCACACUUAUCAUCCAGCCAAACAGCAUCCUGAAGUCAGUGGGGGAGGGGGCCUAUGUGUCAUGCAUGGCCCAGGUGGACGACGCGGACCUGGUGACCGAGAUGAGCUGGACGGCGCCUGACGGGGAGAAAAUCACCAACAACAAUGAGAAUUCGGUGUCCACAGCGGAGGAUGGCACCACGGGCAAGCUGGAUCUCGUCAUCACCAAGCUGAGGGAGCGAGAUGUGGGGGAGUACACUUGUUCAGCCACUUAUGCUGGCAACCAGAAGCUGGAGGCAAAGAUUAUGGUGGAGUCCUUCAUGGAGAUUGACUUUGGGGACACACCCCUCCACCAGACACUGCUCAUUGGCCAGGAAGGGAAGAUCAAGUGUACACCAAUGGCCAAGCCAGCACCUAUUGUUGACUGGUUCAAGAAUAUGAUACCACUUAAGAAUGGCGACAACCACAUCAUUCAGCAAGAUGGGAUUCUCAUCAAGGAGGUGACAGAGGCGGAUGAGGGAACAUACCGGUGCAGAGCCAGAGUGUCAGCCCUGGGAUCCAUGAAGCAGAUGGAGAUACAGGUGGAGGUGAACAUUCCCCCAGUCAUCAACAUCCCACCACAGAACGUCACAGGAAGAGAGCACGAGGAGGCAAUCUUUGAGUGCAGUGCCACGGGGAAGCCGGCGCCAGAGUAUUCCUGGGUGGACAACAACAAUGUGCCACUGCAGAAUGGGGAUGACUACCACAUGAACAGUGAAACGGGAGUGCUCAAGAUCAUGAACCUGAGGCCAGAGCAGUCUGGGGAGUACCGGUGCACGGCUGCCAACUCCGCUGGCGAGGACUUCAAGACAGCACAUCUCCAGGUUUACACCAAGCCCAUGGUAGAAGAAUACCUCAACCUGACUGUGCAGAGUGGCAACAAUAUGGAGAUGCGGUGUGUGGUGAGCGGCAACCCUCCACCUCAGGUUAUCUUCAAGAAGGAGAGUGAGCCAGGGAACUACAGCCAAGGCAUCAAUGCUGACGACCGAAUUGUUGUGCGACAGGAAAGGGACGAGGAGGGACGGGAAGUUGGCAUUCUGGAGAUCGAAGGUGUGUCGCGCAGCGAUGAUGGCCUGUAUACAUGCACGGCCGUGUCUGAAGGUGGCGUGACACAGAGGUGGGGCCACAUCACUGUUGAGUUCAGCCCCACCUUUGAGGAGCAGGGAACCACCGUGCAGUGGUCUUGGGAGAAGGCGCCAGUCAACCUCACCUGCCUCGCCACCUCCAUCCCCAAUGCUACCAUUCAGUGGUACUUACGCAACCAAGAAAUCAAUGCCAAUGACCCCAAUAUGCAGAGGUUAGAGAUGGGGCCACGUGGGGUGCUCAGAGUCAACCCCAUCAGCUCCUCCUACUUUGGUUUCUACACAUGCAAGGCAACCAACACUCUAGGAACCAACUCUCUUGACAUCGAACUGAAGGAGGCCCACCCUCCAGGACCCAUCAUCAGCUCCAAGGUGGAUAAGAAGACAGCAACCACCAUCUCUUGGAUCCUGGUGGACCCAGCUGAUGAUGGCGGCCUGCCCAUUCAGAGCUACAUUGUGGAGUACAGGGAAGCAGAACACACUUGGGAGGAAGCUUUCAGACAUGUAUGGAACAAAGGCUCUUCCUACACCAUCGACAACCUCAUUCCAAUGGCAACAUACGUCUUCCGCUUUGCCGCACGGAGCAAGGUUGGCGACGGAGAGUGGGGAGGUGAAAAGAGUGAAAUGAUGCCCGGACACGCUGAGCCAGAGGAGCCCCUGAUCUUUGCUGCGGCCGAGAUGGAGAUACCUUACUCCAACCACUAUGAGCUCCAGUGGGAAGUCCCUCUCAACAAUGGCCGGGAAAUUGACUUCUUCCAGAUUGUGUAUUAUCAGGUGAAGAAGAAGGGAGAGGAGUGGGAGCCGGUGGGGAAGAAGACGACGCAAGAGGUUCCUUAUCCCGGCACAAGCUCCUACAAGAUCGAAGGACUCCUCAGCAACUCAUACUACAAGAUUGAGUUGCGCGCUCACAACGACAUUGGCUUUUCCACCCCAGCUGAGAAAAUUAUCAAGACUGCACAUGAUCCCAAGACCCCAACAGGUAAUGGCUCGGGCGCGUCUGUGCAAUACAGUAGCAUUGCUCCCUCCACUACUGCCCUCGUCCACGGCCACGACCCAGAAGGUUUGUCCGAGGAGGGUGGCCCCAACGCUGGCAUCAUCGUGGCCAUCAUCAUCAUCGUCAUCCUGGUGGUGGCAGUGGUGGUGGAUGUGACCUGCUUCUUCACCCGCAGUGCCGGCCUCAUCGCCACCAUUGCCAGCAAGCGAGGUGCCAAGGACAAGGACAAGGAGACCAUGCUUGAGGAUGGCAAGAAUGCAAGACAUUCCUCCCACGAAGGCAUUGGUAAGAACCCGCAGGUGUGGAGAGGCACCAAUGUGUCUGACAGGAGUGAGGGGGCCCACCAGGCACCACUUCGACCAGCACUCAGACCACCACAGCACCAUCACACCUCUACAAGCACUGCCACUCCUGAACACCCACCACACCCGCCAGAGACUGAGGCCAUGCAGAACACCAAACCCAUCAUUCGGGAGCUACACAGGAAGAGCACUAGGGAGGAAACUACUCAUUCCUUAAUUAACACAGGACAUGAUUUCUUUGACCCACCAAAUGAGAAUGUACUGAAGAGCAGCAUCAGCUCUCCAUUACUCGAUCAGUCUUACUCUGAUGACUCAAUCUAUGCUAAGGUGUCGGAUGUCACUGAGCCAAGGGAGAACCCAGCCACUCGAUGCACUCGCCUCACACAUAGUCAGGAGUUGCUGGCACAAGUUCUUCAGAAGAGAGCACCAUUCAGAGAGAGAGAAGAUGCUCCCUUCCUACCCAAAGCCACCAAGGUACGGUCUGUGUCACUGGAAGAUGCAGCUUAUGACUUGGCGGAAAUCCCUCACCCCAGCAGAUUAGUAAACUCACUAUUGGGCAGCACAGAAAUGCUUCAAGAUUUUCAAGCCCCACAUCACAGCAGCACAGAAGCCCUGAAGUUUGGAAGUAAUGAAGUAUUCAGCCAGCCAACUGCACAUCUUUUGUUAGGGAGCAGUGGAGAUCCACUCACACACGUCAUCCCACCUUGUCCCUUGCCAAGAAAAAGUGAAAAGUACAAUGAUAAUCUGAGAAUGCAGUUUUUCCUUUCAAACAGUAGAGAAAUGCUGAAUGGUGGUCCAAGAUUAGCAGACAGCAGACCUCAAAAUGGAGAAACAUUGAAUGGUCCUCCAAGAUUGACAAACACCAGAUCUCAAGGGCCUCCCAGUGUGGGGUCCUGCAGCACUCACUACCAGCCCACAGAUGCCGCACCUCACCAAACACAGACAAAGACAGCAUACAGAAUAGCACCUUAUGAUGACCCAAUCAUCCCCGCAAGGCCUCCCCCUCCAAGCCCCCCCAGGAGACAAGGAAAAGAUGCACCACAGAACAUCAAAACACAGCCAUUUAUCCCUCUCCCUGCACCUCGCAAAGACAAGAAACCUCCAUGGAAAGUAAGCAAGGGAUACAGUAGAGACACAUCACAACAUCCAAGUCUCAGCCUCAGCAUGGACACUCUAGACUCAGCGACAGAUACACACCAGUCACCACAGCAACACCCUCAUCCUCUGCCCACAACCAGGUCCCUCAACAACCUGCUGGACGACUCAAACAGCAGUCUUCGGUCGUACGGCAAGCCAACACUGCUGUAGCCUGAGUGUUGCAUGCUGGCUUGUUGGGUUCAGGUGGAUGGAAAAUGUUGGCAUGGUGAAAGUGAUGACGACAAGGGAGAGAUCAAGAAGGAGGAGAAUGAGGAUGAGAAGCUUAAGACAAGUGAAUCAUAGAGCACCAUACUGAAAGAUUCUCCGUGUGUUAACCAGCCUUCCACCUGCUAGUCUUCACCAGGCCUAAGUGCUGAGUCCCUCUCUGUCUGACACACAAUUCAUGGGUCAGCUGCUGAAGUGAAAGAGAGGGAAAGAGAGAGAGAGACAGAGAACUAACAUGCAGAUGGCUGUGUGCAUUAAGAAGCCAUAUUGUGAUAAGACAGAUUUGUAUUUUUCUUUUUUUUAAAGCUGCUGAUUUUUUUUUUUUUUUUUUAAGUCUGCCAAAGAGAAAUAAAUCAGUGUUACAGGGAAUGCAUGUGUGUGUGUGUGUGUGUAGUAAUGUGUCUUCUUCAGUGUGUGUACUGAGGAGAGUUGGCACAGUAGAAAGUGUGUGUGUGUGUGUGUGUGUGUGUGUGUGUGUGUGUGUGUGUGUGUGUGUGUGUGUGUGUGUGUGUGUGUGUGUGUAAAAGGCUGAGCAUGCAGUUCUGAACGUAAGGCAGAUAUUUUUUUAUAAUUUUUUAUUACAUAUAUUCCAACAAAACUUAGUUGACGAAUGAUUAUUAUUAUUUUAAAUGUACCAUGACAUGUAUGCAAUGUGUACAUGUGAGGUACAGGUUGCAGAGGCCGGCAAGCUUUCAUUUGAGUGCACGUCACCAAGUCUUUACAUAUAUUAUGUAAAUGUGCAAGUUAGCAACAAAAACUGCAUGCCGUCAUGAAGGAGUGACCUCAUUCCUGGUACGGCAAGCAAUUAUUUACAUUUCCACGCCACACACAAGUUUACCAGACAAGUAGAGGGUCGUGCCUGCCUCCCUCUCCCUUUUUGUUUAGGAUGUUUAGUGUGUGUGCGUAUGUGUGUGUGUGUGAGUGUGUGCGAGUGUGUGUAUCUUUGUCAUCUCGCUGUGCUGAUUAUAGCCUUAUACAAUGUAAAUUAUAUUACUUAAUGUUCACAAAAUAUCUCCUAAAGUGAAAUUUAAUAUUGAACAAGUACUAAUUGAUUUCCAUGUGAAUCAGAGCCUUGCCUUUAAUGUAUAAGUAAGCUGUGUAACAAGUCACUUGUACACCUGGCAACACCCCAGUGAGGGAACCACCAGUACUCAGGUGUGCAGGGCCGGGCGUGGUGUGUGGCUGCCCCAGGGAACACCACACCACCACCACCACACCACACCACACCACACCACCACAGUACUGCACCACCAGUACUCAGGUGUGCAGAGAUGGGCGUGGUGUGGUGGCCACUCCACACCACCACAAUACCACACAGUUGCUGCAGCUCCCUCGGGGCUGUUCUCCCUCAGGUUGUUUCCAGUACAGCUCAGUCAGAGUGAGCAAUAAGUAGCCGAGGAAGGAGACAAGAUCAGCAGAUGCUCAUCACUAAAACUGAUCUAAUUCUUCCUGUUGUCUUCAAAAACACAUUUGUUACAGAUGUGCACCAAAAGUUUCCCUUCAUUUUGGGAAAGAAUCAAAUACUGGAUGCUUUAUUGUGAAUGAAUACAUUCAGUAUAAGAAACACUUGUCUUCUGCUUCAUCAAGGGACGUUUUUAUUCUUUGAUUUUCUUACAAAAAGACUAAGAAGCCUCAGACCAAACAUUUUGUAACAUUAUCAUGUUUGUAAAACUCAUUUUUUACAGAAGCUUAUUUAUUUUCCUGAUCUUGUAUCUGGAAAGGAUUCAUCAAACAGAUUGUACUGACUGUAUUGCUAUCCACUUGUGCUUCAGUUGCAAUGAAGACUCUUAGAUAAGACUUUAAUGGUUGAGGAAUGGUAAAAGUGCAUUGACCAGUAAAUGGUAAAACUUUCCCUUGCAGACUGAAGGACACGUGUUGCCCAAGGUUUUGCUCCAUUGUCUCUCUUAACAUAUUCCAUUGAACAACACUUAUAAAUCGCCAGGUUCCUGAGUGUACCAGUUCGGCGCAAGCCGUUACUGUAUGAAGCAUAGCGUUCUCUUCCUCACCAGGGCCGUGACUACCCAUCACUCAUAUUACUUCAUUGCUAAACGUCUGAACUACGAUACUUUCAGUUAUGUACUGUAAAAAUAAAGGGAAAAUGUGGAUGUGUUGAGACAUAAUGACCCUCACACACCAAUACUCUUACAUGUAUCUAUCUCCAUUCUCUCAGCUCUGAAUAUCUACCUUUCUGUCUGUCACUAGGCUGUACUUGUCAAAAGCUGUCAGACUUUGCUGUGAAAACUAACCGCAUAGCCACAUCAAGCUGUUAUAGCCAUGGGACUGUUGCCUCAACUGGAAAAAAAAAAAAAGGGUGACUGAAAUACAUGUGCAAAGAAAAGCAUAGACAUGUUUUUGUUCUUGUCAUGGUUCUAUAUUAAGCAGCUUGUGAUAUAUUGAGACUAAACCUCCUUGGAUCAUUUAUCCAAGUCUUAGGGCUUAAAUGUUGUAUGAAUUGCAGUAUAUAAAUGCUUUCAGCCCUACAACCCAGUGGUGUGAUAAGUCAGAAAAAGGAGAAGCUUGGCUCUCACAAACUAGAAUACUCUGUUUGCAAGACCUGCUUGUUUCAAAGCUUCAUUGGUGACAACAAAGAAGAGAAAGGAUGAGCGGGACAAGUGAAGUGGGGAUGACAAGCCAGUGUGAUAUUACCAUACCCAACCAAGGACUGUAUUCUAAAACACUUCUGUGCCACACCUCCACUACUUUCAAAGGCUCUAGUUGAAGUUAAUGUGGGUUUUUAAGAGUGUUGUUAUGAUUCUGGUGACAUAUUAACAAUGAUUCCUAUAUUAUUAACAGAAGAAACACUCUUGAGAACCUGGCUAAUCACCUCUGUGGCCUUUGAAAACAGUUAUGGUGAGAGAGCAAAGUGUUUCUGAAUAGGGCCACAAGACUCCUCAGUGCGCCAUCCCCAGCAUGUGCAGGACCAAGAUAGACUACUUAGUGUGACACCUCACUUCUCAGUGCAGGACCAAGAUAGACUCCUAGUGUGACAAUUGCUGUGUUGACCGGACACUUGCUGUGUAGGCUGCUGUGUAAGCUAAUGGUGCAGUGACCAGGUCUUCACCGAUCUCGACAUUUUGCAUUGAAGUAAACACACGUUAUAACGAAUGUAGAACCUACGGUAUUAGUAUUUUUACUUUGUUACUAAAGGAGUGAAGGUCUGAGUGUGAAGGAGUCAGUCUCUUGUUUUGCCAGCCUCAUAAUACCUAGCUCCAUUAUUACCUUCUUAUAUUGGAGGGGCAACACCAUUUCCAUUAUUUUCAUAGUACAACAGAUCCACCAGGAACGCAUCUUUUCAAGCUUCAUUCUCUUGGAUGUUUUGGUAUGCCUGAAGAGACGUGAGGAGGUUUCUGAUGGAACAGCCUUCCCUCACUUGAGUAAUAUGUCUGGAGGGUGAUGGGGUGAAGGGUGACGGGGCCUGUGUGGGGGCGCCGAUGACAAUGACAUGAUGGUGGCUGCAUUGCAUCGCACGGCAUCCAUCCCAUUCAGCGUGGUAGUAUAAGGCCAGCUUUUUUUUAUUGUGAUUAUGUAUGAUUAAGCUUGUCUGUAAUCUUGUGUGGUGAAAAUAUAAUAUCUAGUAUUAUUU